GCCCCUCUGGCGCCGUGUGCCGGGCUGUUUGCCGCUCUGUGCGCAGGUGGAUCCAUGAGCUCCCCCAGGAGCGGCACCGGCGCCGCGCAGCACCGCGUCGGGGCGGGGGGAGCGGCCGCCUGCCUCGGCACCGCCGCCGCCGCGGGGGGCGGCCCCGCCCGGGCACGGGGUGGGCAGGCGUGAGGAGGGCGAAGUUUCUCCGCGGCUCCGGGCCCCUCGCAGGGACAGCGGGGAGGGAAGGACUUGGCCCCGUGGUGCUGGGGGAGCUGACACCGCCGCCGCCAGCAGAGCAGCCCGGCUUUGGCCAUGAAGAGGAAACAGAAGAGGUUUCUGCAAAUGACGCUGCUCUUCACCGCGGCUCUGAUUUUCCUGCCUGACAUCGGCCUCUGGUCUCUCUACAAGGAGAAGCACCUGGUGAAGCCGGCCGAGCCCGCCGAGCCGCAGACACUUCCAUUGGGGCUGGGAGAUGGACAGCUCUUUACCUGGACUGAUGGCUUAAAAAGGAAGGACUGGCAUGAUUAUGAAAGCAUUCAAAAAGAUGCUAUGCGUUCAGGGAAAGGUGAACAUGGAAAGCCAUACCCUCUUACAGAGGAAGACCACGAUGAUUCUGCUUAUAGGGAAAAUGGCUUCAACAUAUUUGUUAGCAACAAUAUAGCACUGGAACGAUCACUGCCAGACAUCCGACAUCCUAACUGUAAGCACAAGGUGUACUUGGAAACACUGCCAAAUACUAGCAUAAUUAUCCCAUUUCAUAAUGAAGGCUGGACUUCACUCUUGAGAACAAUACACAGUAUUAUCAACCGCACCCCAGACAGCCUGAUAGCAGAAAUCAUUCUUGUGGAUGACUUCAGCGACAGAGGAGCAGUUUCCAUUGGUGCCAUAAUACUAUUCAUGGGCCUGAAAUGA